UGCUGCAGCGACGUGCAUCAGAUCCGCUUUCACACUCUUCAUCUGCAUUCAAACAUUUAGCAGUUGUUCCAGAGCCGGUCUUGCUUUUUUUUUCAGAUAGCUGCCAGUAAUAUUUCAGUAGAGAAGGAGCUCGCGAAAGGCAACGCGAUCUGCUAUGUGUCACAGCGAAGAAAGGCAGUAAAUAAAGGGGACGCGUCCGUCUGCGUGAAGAGAGAGAGAGAGAGAGAGAGAGCAAGAUGGUGAUCAUGGCUUCUUCUUCUCAUCGUUCCUCUAUAUGCUUGAAUGCGAUGAUGAUCCCCGCGAUCUCGCUCAAGCUCUGUCUGUGGGCUCUUCUUAUCGCCCAUCUUCCUCUGAGCUCUGUCCAGCUGGAAAGUGAUGAUGAUGAAGUGACAAACAAAACGUGGGUUCUGACCCCCAAAGUGUACGAGAGCGACGUCACACAUAUUUUGAACAGCUUACUAGAUGGCUACGAUAACAAGCUGAGGCCAGACAUCGGAGUCAAACCAACCGUGAUCCAGACUGACAUGUUUGUCAACAGUAUUGGUCCAGUAAAUGCCAUCAACAUGGAGUACACGAUUGACAUCUUCUUCGCCCAGACGUGGUAUGACAGGCGGUUAAAGUUCAACAGCACCAUGAAGGUCCUGCGUCUCAACAGCAACAUGGUGGGAAAAAUCUGGAUCCCUGACACGUUUUUCCGCAACUCUAAGAAGGCAGAUGCCCACUGGAUCACCACACCUAAUCGCAUGCUUCGGAUAUGGAACGACGGGCGUAUACUGUACACUUUAAGGUUGACCAUUGAUGCAGAGUGCCAGCUUAAACUGAAUAACUUUCCGAUGGAUGAACAUUCAUGUCCCCUGGAGUUCUCAAGCUAUGGCUACCCCAAGGAGGAGAUUGUAUACAAGUGGAAGCGCAGCUCGGUGGAGGUUGGAGACAUCCGCUCCUGGCGUCUUUACCAGUUCUCCUUUGUUGGCUUGAGAAACACCACAGAGGUUGUCAGGACUGUGUCAGGAGAUUACGUGGUUCUGACAGUCUUCUUUGACUUAAGCAGAAGAAUGGGUUAUUUCACCAUCCAGACAUAUAUUCCUUGUACUUUGAUCGUUGUUCUGUCCUGGGUUUCAUUUUGGAUCAACAAGGAUGCAGUGCCAGCCAGAACUUCUUUGGGAAUCACGACUGUGCUUACCAUGACCACUUUGAGUACCAUUGCUAGGAAGUCCUUACCCAAAGUGUCAUACGUCACGGCUAUGGACCUCUUCGUAUCAGUGUGCUUCAUCUUUGUUUUCGCCGCUCUGAUUGAGUACGGAACGCUCCACUACUUUGUGAGCAACCGCAAGCCCAGCAAAAACAAAGACAAGAAGAGAAAAAAUCCUCUCCUGCGGCUCUUUUCCUCAAAGCAGGCCCCCACUGUGGACAUUCGCCCGCGCUCGGCCACCACCAUCCAGAUGAACAACGCCACCCACAUGCAGGAGCGGGACGAGGAGUACGGCUACGAGUGUCUGGAUGGGAAGGACUGCUCCAGCUUCUUCUGCUGCUUCGAGGACUGUCGCUCAGGAGCGUGGCGGCACGGCCGUUUGCACAUCCGUGUCACUAAGAUAGACUCUUACGCCCGCAUUUUCUUUCCUACUGCAUUUGGUCUAUUCAACGUAGUUUACUGGUUUUCCUAUCUUUAUCUUUAAAAUAUUUUGAAAAAUAUAGGCUGGCCUUAUUUUAUGUUACAGAUUCCAGCAAGACCCUUUCUUGGAAACAUGCACCCACUGAAAUAAAAAUUAGUUGCAUUGUGUUGUUGUUGGUUUACCAUUCUAUGUGUUUUUUUUUUUUGUUUUUUGUUUUUUUUUUAAGUGCAUUUUAGGAUGUUUGUGUGUGUGUGUGUGUGUGUGUGUGUGUGUGCAUUUAUUUAAUGUGGAAUUGUCAGUUUGUCUAUGUUUACUUUUUUUUUUUUUUUUUAAGUAAAAAUACAUUGUGCAUAAAGCAAAAGUUGUAGCAAAAAAGAAAACAUUAAAAGCGCCGACGGGGAGGUCGAUGAAAACCUGCAUCUGUAAGAUUAUUCCUGAAUCGUGUAGAGCAAGCAGCAGAAGAUCUGAGGACUGCAUGCCUACAUGUCCUUUCAGCCCCUAAAGAGCAAGCACUAAAGAGAUUUUGGGAAACUUCUUCAAAUGCAUGGCUGUCAGGCCUAUGUGAGGUAAAAGCAAUCAAUCAAAUAUAAAUAAAUGUGUCCGAGAAUUUAUUUGUAUACACUCGUAUUUGCUCUUAUUAUUUGUGCGUUCUGUGGUCACGGCUGGUCAAACGUGCGGUCACCUGUACAGAUGUUGUAAAUAGAUGAAUACUGUAUAAUGUAGUGAUCAUACUGCAUGCACCUUUUAGGCCAAAAAUGAGCAAAAGUCUUCUAUUGUCAUCAAUUAAUAAAAAUUAAAAAAAGGGUCAGGAAAGCUUAACUAGAACAGUUCAGGCUACAUUUUACUAUUAGAUGUCAGUCAUUUCCACAGUAAAUACACAAUGAUAUUAUUACAUGUAUAAAUAAGUACUGUAUUAUUUUUUUGUAUAAUUUUGGGUUUCAGUAUGAGCCUCCUUUCCAUUUUUUGAUAUAUAUAACAAAAUUUGUAAUAUAUACAUGUAACAGAAUGUUGUCAAAAAAAAUGUCUUUAUGUAUUUGUAUUUUUCAUUCGUGUAUUAAUUUAUGUUGUUAUAAUAAAUUAGGCUCAAACGUAGGAGGAGGGUCACCCUUGCACUCAAUACUAUACAAUUCAGUUGACAAAAAACAAAACUGCUUAUUUCAGUGAAUUGAGUAAAUAAUCUGUAGAUAGAUAUGUUUAUGUGUGUUACUCAGCUUCAGUUUUGUUGCAUUUAGAAAAUGACAUGCAUGCAUGUAGUAAAUAUUAUAUUUAGACAGAACAUUAACAUGCAUACACAGGAAACAAAUUACAAACUGUCAAUAAUAAAAUGUAACAUAUGCAAGCACAACCAACUUUCUAUUUUAAUAACCCAUUAACUUUAGAAAUCUCACCCCGGGUUAGUAACUAUGCUUAUGAUAUAAUUAUGUUUAUACUGCUCAAGUUUUAUCACUGAUCAAUUCAAGUACAAAACACCGAAACAAAUGCAACUAAAACACUGUGGAUAGAAAUCAGAGACUUGCCAAAGUAUGAGGGUAUAAUCAGAUGUAUAGGUCUGUUCUCCAGUGAUGGAGUUAAAAUCAAUGCUUUUUUUCUUCCCAAAAGAAGAAAGUUCAACUGUUUGCUAGCAAAAUUGACAGAUAAGCUAAAUGUUUCAGCUACAUCAGAAAUACAUAAUCUAGACCUGUAUACAGUUUGAUUUCCAAUCCCUAUGCAUUAACCUUCCACCUGAACAAACCAGCAUAUGGUACGCUUUUGUAUUUUUUGGCUACUUAUGCAUCUUGAUAUUUUUGCAUCAUACACGUGAGCAUGGUUAAUUUUUGAUUUGUUUAUACUCGUAUUAAAAUUAGACUUCUGAAAAAUCCUCUUUUGAGAAAUAUCAACUUUACUAUCAGCCCUUUGUAGAAUCAGUUUGUUGUUUGUGUGCCACCUCCACUAGAAUAAUCACAGUAGUAGAGCGAUGCUCGAUUUGUUUCUCUUUUGAAUAGUUAUUCUGGAUGUUUGUCCUGAAAAUCAACACCCCAGAGACAUCACCUAGCCAUUCGUAAUGCACUGUUUAUUGUUUGCUGUAGGACACAUGGAUGUGGUAGCAAUAGAAAACUGUGUGAAUGUGGAUCGCUUUGGUGCCAAACUAUGAAUCCUUUUGCUUUCUAACAUCGAUUUAAAUAGCUUAUUUCAGCAAGCUUCCUGUUUUUACACCCAAUGCUUUAUCCAUUUAUUUUUUUAUGAAAUACAAAGAGAAAAUUGGACAUACUACUAAUUUAAUGUAGAAUUACCAUUUCUAUGUCAAGUGCAACCUUAAGUGAAAUUAAAAGCCCUUUUGUCUGGUUGUUAACCCUUUGUUUUAAUACAUAUUAUCAGUACUUUUAAAGUCAAAAUGCUAUAAUUCAAUACCGGAAAUAAAGUUUCACUCUAAAAGCCACCAUCGGGACAUUGCUAGAGAUUUUCAUAGAGCUAACCAGCACUUUUGUUUUGUUCUCACUAUUUCUUGGUUGUUUUGAGGAUUGUUAUUAUUAUUUUAAUGUAAGUGUAUUAUUUUGUGGCAUAAAGAAAAACUUGUUUUACAAUAUCAAAUUACAAUGUAAUUGUAGUGUGUGUGUGUGUGUGUGUGUGUGUGUUUGCUGACAUUACUCACAUGCCUCAAAUGCUUUCUUAAUCAGAAUUGUAGUCUUAUUUUCAGGUAAAAAGAUGCACUAUUUGAGAAGAAAAUUGUAAGAUAUGAAGACUUGUUUCCGGAGGAUAUUUCUUGAUUUUUUUCCUCAUAUAAACCUGAAUAUAGAUUGUUUUAUUUAUGCUUAAAACAAAGGGGAAAUUUUUGUUUUACACUUAGUUUUAUUACAUUAUGCAAUUUUGUUUCUCAAGUAACUUUGUGUUUUGUACAUGUGAAAUCUGAUCUAAUGUGGUAUCUCUUUUCUUUUAUCUUGUUUGUUUAGUACAAUAACUGUAACUGAGCUUUAUUGCUAAUUGUAUCUUCCAAACAUGAUCUAAAUUGUUAAAAGCUUUCAUAUUGUAUAAUUUCACUUAAGCGGCAGUUGAUUGUUUGGGUUUGCACAGAAAAAAAUAUUUGUAUGGAUAAAGCAUUAUUAAAUUCUGAAUAUGUUUAUAUAUUAUAUAAAUAUAUAUUUCGUUUCUUACUUGAUUGCACAAAUAUAAUCAGAUAUAUAAAUGGAUAAAUCUCAGAAAAUGAAAGUGUUUUAGUAACAAAUACAAUAUUUGUGAAGAGCACAUGUAAAUAAUAAAUAUUGUUACAUUCUUUAUUGCCUGUGGGAAACACUAAAUCAUUUACCAUGCUUCUAUAGCAGUAAUGACAAGCUGCAAAGCAAAAAGAUUGAAAGUAAGCUCUCAGCUGUUCAGCGUAUCUAUAUAUUUAUGGAGUAGUGUACUAAAAGGACACUGGUGAUUUCAUGUAAAGGUUUGCAUUGUAUUAUUAUAUGUACUGAAAUCAUUUUACUGAAGGAGAAGCACAGAGCUGUGGAAUUUUUCAAUAAAACAUUGCAUUCAUAA